GGCUGGGCAUCCAGAGUCUGAAGAAGCUUCAUCGGAGACAGAGCUAUUUUCUUGACAAGGAUGCCGGCCCAGAGGCUCGUCUUCAUGGUGCUCUCAGGCCUCAUUUUCGUGUUACUAGUGGUUCUCUGUCUGCUCCUGACGAAGGAAUCUCGGGGGGCGCCUCAGCCAGCACGGGAGAAUGCUGCCGAUAUUAUUAUUGACGAAGUUCACCCCGAGAACAUCAUGCAUUAUCUGAGACACCUGACUUCCCGGCCGCACCCAGGGGGCACUAAGGCCGAGGAGGAGAACGCGCAGUGGGUCGCCGACACCUGGCGGGCCCUGGGACUCGACGAGGUCCACCUUGUGCCAUUUGACGUCCUCCUCUCCUACCCGAAGAAUGACACUCCUAAUCUGGUCCGAGUGCUGAACGAGAAGGGCGAGGCGGUGUGGACUUCCCACGGGUGGCAGAAGCCCCUCUACUCCCCCGAGGAAUCUUCGCCUGAAGUUUUGCCCAAUUUUAAUGCUUAUUCCGCCCCUGGGAACAUUAUGGGGGACGUCGUGUAUGCUUACUUCGGACGCGAGAAAGACUUCACGAAGUUGGAGGACCUGGGUGUGUCUGUGGAGGGAAAGGUCGUCUUGGCUCGCUACGGCGAAGUCUUCAGAGCAAACAUAGCAUGGGCGGCGGAGAGGCGGGGCGCAGCGGGUGUCAUCCUGUACACGGACCCCCAGCAGUACGCGCCCAUGGGAGAGGACGCAGUGUACCCCAAGACUGUGUACAUGCCGGGCUCUGGGGUACAGGCUGGCACUGUGCUUCUGACAGAUGGCGACCCCCUGACGCCUUUCUACCCAGCUGUUGCGAGCGCUUACCGGCUGCCCGAGGCGAGCUCGAGCGUGCCCGGGAUCCCCGUCCAGCCAGUCAGCUACGACGACGCGAGGGAGAUCCUCAGACACAUGGGCGGCCCGGAAGCCCCCGCAGAGUGGCGCGGAGGCCUCAACGUCACGUACCGCCUUGGUCCUGGGAUGGCACAGGCGGGAUGGACGCUCAACCUCGAAGUCCACACUCACAACGCCCGCGCGACCACGUAUGACGUUGUGGGCGUGAUUCGUGGAAGCGAGGAACCAGACAGAUACGUGAUAUUGGGGAACCACCGAGAUGCGUGGGUGUUCGGCGGCGUCGACCCUUCCUCGGGCACGGCGGCCCUGCUGGAGGUGACCCGCGUCCUGACCUCGCUCAGGGACCAGACAGGCUGGAGACCACGGCGCUCGGUGGUGGUGUGUUCGUGGGGCUCCGAGGAGUACGGUCUGGUCGGCUCCAAGGAAUGGACGGAGCAGUUCGCCAAACAGCUGAUGGACAGGACCGUCGCCUACAUCAACGUUGACUUGGCUAUCGAAGGUAACUACUCCCUGCGGACGCUCUCAGCACCAUUGCUGUAUGAUACGGUCUUCGAAGCAGCGGCCAAGGUCCCCAACCCCGACGCAGCCGAGGUGGCGGCGGGGCGGCCGACGGUGUACGACACGUGGGCGGAGCGGCUGCCUGACGAAAGGCAUCCCGGCCGACCCAGGGUAGGGAUCAUAGGGUCCGGGAGCGACUACAGAGCCUUCAUGCACAACCUGGGCGUCCCCGUGCUGGACAUCUGCUACACGUACGACCCUAAAGUGAACGUGGAGCCUCUCUACCACACGCUUUACGAGACGUUCGCGCUCGUCGGUGAGCUGUACGACGCCGGCUUCGGUUUCCAGGCCGCCCUCACGAGGCUGUGGGCGAUCAUGGCCGUUGAUCUCGCUGAUACACAGGUCCUCAAGUUUUCUCUGAAGGAAUACAGCAGCUUCUUGGCAGACGCUCAGGAGGAGCUCUUGCAAGAGUAUGGCGACCUCAUAUCCUCCAGGAAUAUCUCGAUGGCAUACUUCAAGAAAGCAGUAGAAGGGUUUUCCCAAGCAAUAUACAUGUUUAUCGAUGACCUUAGUCAUCUUGACACCAGCAACGUGUUAGCGGUUCGGAGAGUUAAUGAUCAGCUGAUGAUGGUGGAACGGGCAUUCAUCGACCCUCGAGGUCUUCCAGGCAGACCCACCUACAACCACGUGGUGAUGGCGCCAAGCAUCAGCGACAGUUACUCGGGCACAGCAUUCUCCGGGCUGAGCGACGCCCUCGAUGGCAUCCAAGACCUGGACCCGGCGCAGCAGGAGGAGCGCUGGGCCACCUUCGCUCAACACUUGGCCGCUGUCACUCACUACCUCAACACGGCCGCGAAGGUCCUCUCAGACGACCUGUGGUAGCGAGACAGCCGGGACGGGAGUGGAUGGCUUGGGUUGCUCGCCCCGAUAUCUGGCUUUGUCUUGAAUUAUUUGAGUUUUAACAGUUUUUGGCUGAUAUGGGUAUAUUUUUCAGAUGUACAACUGGUUGUGAUAGAAAUAUAUUUUUAUAAAUUUUAUUGACCUUUUAUUCUUUCUAAUCUAAUUCUGCCUUUACUUUACUGGAUUACAUCCACAGCUUAAUCUGCACAUCUAGGUCUGCAGUCUACUGUGGGUAGAGAAUGUGUGAACACAUAUAUCACACAUUCAGUGUUUCUCUUUCGUUUGUAUCUGCAUAUACGUUACUUUGGAUGAAGUUUAUUGAGAAACGUGUUGUUAUAAAGAAGGCAACUGUAAGCCCUCUCUUUUCUGUGAAAUGAUGGCAGUUUAUUUUAUGAAGAUAAUGACGAGGUAAAUAAAAAAUGUAAUCAGUUCAGUCUGCAGAAAAAAAAAGUUCUCGAUGUGCACUCUUACGCAGUGGUUAAUAAACUUCUAUCUGAACUA